UUUGGUGCUGACUUGAUUUCCCCUUCUCAUCCGCCAUUGGUAUAUCAUGGCGGUAGUUGUGGUGUGUACACGCUGAAAGCUCUACGAAUUCGUUGAUUUUUAACUAUUUUAAUCACUACCAAACGUUUAUUCAAGUGAACUGGCAAUGAGCGGGACACCUCAAGUCACUUCUUACACUGGAAUUGCAAGCCAAGAUUAUACAUCAGGUUAUGCAUCUUAUGCCCAGCCUCAUGCUGCUUACCCAAGCGUGCCCUCCACAUACACUGGAGCUGCUUACAGUGGAUACCCUCAGCCUGGACAGACUGCUGUAGUACAGCCGCCACCCCCACCACCACAGGUUCCACCUGCACAACACCAAGCUCCACCACAGUAUCAGGUGCAGCAGCCACCACCACCACCACAGCACCAUCCGCAGUUACAGCAACCCCCUCAGCAGCAGCAGGCCUAUCAGCUGCACAGUGCUGCCGUUGGCGCUCAGGCUCAUGCAUACCCACGGCCCCAGACCACCACCGUCUUCCAGACGAUUCCUCCGCCCCCUCCCCCCGCCCUCACAGCAUACCACACACCAUACCAAACACAACAGCAACCAUUACCGCAGGCAACCUCGCAUUCUGUCUAUCAGCCUCAAGCACAGCAGCAGCCAGUGCAAGCUGCACCGGCCCAUUCUGCUUAUCAAGCACAGCAGACGCCGCCCCAACAGCCACAGCCACCUCCUCCCCCUCAGCAGCCACAACAACCACCUCAGCCCCCACCCCAACAGCCUCCACCCUCACAGACUUUCCAGUCAUACAAUGCUCAGAUAGCCAAGGCUAGGCCACAGCAGAUUUCAGUGCCAGCUGUGAGCCAGGUGAGUCACUCUUCAAUACCAACUCAGCAAGCUCCGCCUGCUUUUAACUACACCCAAAAUACAACUUACUCAGUUGUGACUGCUACCACACGGACUACUAUUGGUAAUGAGUACCGGCCCCUUCUAAAGUCCCAGUAUUAUCCCUCAACUGACACCAGUAGUGGUGUGAAGGAUCUCAGCCAGACAGAUGUGUAUCAUGCGAGUAGCCAACAGCCAUCGUUGCAGGCCCAGGCCAACCAACAGGCUGCUCAGUAUCAGUAUCAGGAACAGAUAAAUGAAUCACACUAUCAAUACAAAGAUACGGCCAACAAGACUGUUUACCAAGCCCCCUAUUCAGAUGCCACCCUCAAGAACCAGUAUCAGAUAAGCCCCAAACCUCCAGCCCCAUACCAGGCGACCAACAAGGCUCCAUCCCAGUACCAAGCUGCUGCUGCUGCUGCUGUUGCUGCUGCAAAACUGCCAACACAGUAUCAGUCUAAUGUGAAACCCACAAAUCAGUAUCAACAGAGCAAUAAGCUAGCUGUCUCAUACCCAACUAGCACAAAACCCCCAUCUUCAUACCAAGCAAUAAGUAAAAUCCCUUCUCAGUACACACCUGUGUCGAAGACAGUCACUCAGUAUCAGAGUGGCACCAAGCCGCAGACGCAGUAUCAGGGUACAACAGCAAAGAGCCAGGUGUCCUAUCAGCCUGCUGCUAAAAUUCCAACUCAGUACCAGAGCAAAGUGAAAUCAUCAACUCAUUAUCAAAAUCAGAACAGCACAAAGCCUGCUACCCAAUAUCAGAUUGCUUCCAAAACCCAAACCACUUACCAAACUGGUGCUACACCUCAGUAUCAAGCUCGAGGAAACCUCACAAAACCAGCGUAUCAAGCAAACCUCUCCAAACCAUCUUAUCAGUCUAACUCUAAAUCUCAUUUCCAGUCACCAUAUCAAGAAGCCAACACAAAGCCCCAAUACCAAUAUCGUAAGCCAUCUGCUACUGAAAGCCACUAUGAUCAGUACCAAGAGAGUCACCAGCUGCAUCAAUCUCAUUAUCAGUACCAGCAGAUCAACAGUAACCACGCAAUUGACUCACUGUCCAAACCUGUCGACAGACAGGUACCCAAGGGCAGAAUCCAGAAUCUACCGGAAGCCGACACAACCAAUGGUUCGCAGUCUGUCAAUGCAGACUCAGCGUUAGAUUCUACCAAAAAUGUGGACACCUCAUCUGCUGUCACCUCUUCCACUCCUAUUUCUGCUACUGCUGACUCCUCAUCAGCCUCUCCGAAAUCUCUCCUGAAGGAAUCGUCGACGUCUGAAAUUCCUGUGGAAAAUUCUCUUCUGGAUGCAGUGAGUUCAAAUUUUGAACCGAAACUAGCAGCAGAUGACGAGAGCAGACGCAAGAAGAACAUUGAAAAUGGGGAGAAUGAAUCCCCUGCAAUGAAAAUUCUCAAAGAACUUAUGCAGCCUAUGCUGUGCAAGUUGUGCAAUGUUGCUAUGAACGCUGCAAUUCAGUCAGACCAGCACUAUAAUGGCAAGAACCAUGCUAAAAAAGUGCGGCUUUUUAUGCUGAGUGGUGGCACUCAGCUGCCUGCCACCAAGAACCGCCCUGCCGUUGAGUAUAAGCCAGGACAGGAGAUAUUAAUUUUGACAAACAGUGGGAGUACAAAUGGUGAGGUAAGUAAUACACAAGAUUAA